AUGGUAGUCUCCCCUCGGUAUUUGAGUGGAAAUUCAUUGGAUAAAAGAUUUUCGAAUGCUGUUGAUACCGAACGGCGGUCAAAAAUCUACUGCUUUGGUGGCAUGCAGGAGGUUGGAUUUUACCAUGAGUACAGGGCUGGAGUUGAUUGGGUCUUUGUUGACCACCCUUCAUACCACCGGCCGGGAACUCCAUAUGGCGAUACUUAUGGUGCUUUUGGUGAUAACCAGUUCCGGUUUACGUUACUUUGUCAUGCGGCCUGUGAAGCUCCCUUGGUGCUGCCGUUGGGAGGGUUUACUUAUGGCGAAAAUUGCCUAUUUCUUGCAAAUGACUGGCAUGCUGGCCUAGUUCCUGUACUCUUGGCAGCAAAGUAUCGUUCUCAUGGUGUUUAUAAGGAUGCUCGAAGUAUCAUCGUAAUACAUAACCUAGCUCAUCAGGGUUAUUCAUGGGAAAUAACCACCCCUGAGGGUGGAUAUGGAUUGCAUGAGCUAUUGAGCAGUCGAAAAGCAGUUCUUACCGGAAUUACAAAUGGGAUCGAUGACAGUGAGUGGGAUCCAUUAACAGACGAGCAUCUUGCAUCUCACUACUCGGUUCAAGAUCUCUCUGGAAAGGCUGAAUGUAAGCUAGAACUUCAGAAAGAACUUGGCCUUCCAGUUCGACCCAAUUGUCCUCUGAUUGGUUUUAUCGGGAGGCUUGACUUCCAGAAAGGUGUCGACAUUAUUCUUUCAGCCAUUCCAGAUCUUAUGCACGACGAUGUCCAGUUUGUAAUGCUUGGAUCUGGAGAGAAACAGUACGAAGAUUGGAUGAGACAUUUAGAGUCGGUUUAUAAGGACAAGUUUCGGGGUUGGGUUGGCUUCAAUGUCCCAAUUUCUCAUAGGAUUACUGCAGGCUGUGAUAUACUCGUGAUGCCAUCAAGAUUCGAACCGUGCGGUCUGAACCAGUUGUACGCCAUGAAAUACGGCACUGUUCCUGUGGUCCACAACACGGGUGGACUUAGGGACACAGUACAGGAUUUCAACCCGUACGCAGAUGACAUCCGUGGUGAAGGCACCGGGUGGACCUUUACUCCUCUGUCGAAAGAAAGUCUACUGGCUACAUUAAGAAUAGCGAUCGGGACAUACAGAGAGCACAAGUCUUCUUGGGAAGGACUAAUGAGGCGGGGAAUGGAAAGAAAUUCGUCGUGGGACAAUGCAGCAAAUCAAUACGAGCAAGUAUUCGAGUGGGCUUUUAUCGAUCCUCCUUACGCAGGCUGA